CGAGAAAAAAAACCCAGUUGCCUCAGUUUCCAUGGCCUCAAUGCAGUGCUACAAGCCCUCAUACGAAACUUGCCAGCCAAAAAGCAAGGACAACUCUCUUGUCCACAAGGUGGCCGAGAUGGCUAGCAGGGCAAUGCAAGGAACUCACCAGGGCCACCCUUCAGGCUAUGCAACCUCCGACACCCAAUGCUAUGGCCAAAGCCAUGCCUAUUACCCUGACCAAACAAUGACCAAAACGCAGACCGAGUACUAUGUCCGAACCCCGACUCACCGCCCGGAAUACACUGUGCCCCAAAUCCAGACCGAGUACUAUGUCCGAACAACCCCGACUCACCGCCCUGAAUACACCAUGCCCCAUAUUCAGACUCAGUACUAUAGCGAGACGGAUGGCUACUAUGAGCACCAUGAAAUGAACCAUGGCCACCAUGCGUCUAAUGGCACGGCUUACCAUGGAAAGACUGAGAAGCAUGAGGGCAAGAAGAAGGAGAAGAGUCUCUACAGGAAGAAAUCCAAGGAUUGUAAGAGGAACGGCAGUGACAGCAGCGGAAGCGACAGUGACUGAAGACUGCAUCAAGAAGAAAAAGUAAAUGGAGCAGUUAUCUGAUCGAUGAAGGUGCCUAGCAAAUAUAGAUAAUAAAUAAGAGUAAGAAUAAGAGCCCCUGCAACACACUUCAUUGAUAUUCUGCGUUCCAUGUAAGAAUAUAUGUAUUAUGUUGUUUAAUAAUAAGUCUGUUUGCUUAUAAAAUAA